GAGCAGCUCAGCCGGAUAUCGGUCUCAGCGGCCGGAAGUGGAAGUGGGGGACGCUCGGGUCUCCCGGCGGCAGCCUGCUCGCCCACCGCGAUGCUGUCCGUGGACUUUCUGGACGAUGUUCGGCGGAUGAAUAAGCGGCAGCUGUAUUACCAGGUCCUGAACUUUGGGAUGAUCGUUUCCUCAGCGCUGAUGAUCUGGAAGGGGUUGAUGGUGGCCACGGGCAGUGAGAGUCCCAUCGUUGUUGUGCUUAGUGGCAGCAUGGAGCCUGCAUUUCACAGAGGAGAUCUCCUGUUCCUGACCAACCGCAUCGAAGAGCCGAUCCGAGUGGGUGAAAUCGUGGUCUUUAGGAUAGAAGGAAGGGAGAUUCCAAUUGUGCAUCGGGUGCUAAAAAUCCACGAAAAACAAAACGGCGACAUCAAGUUUUUGACCAAAGGUGACAAUAAUGCGAUUGACGACCGGGGCUUGUACAAGCAGGGGCAGCACUGGCUGGAGAAGAAAGAUGUGGUUGGAAGAGCCAGAGGAUUUGUGCCAUACAUUGGAAUAGUAACCAUCCUAAUGAAUGAUUACCCUAAAUUCAAGUACACCGUGCUUUUUCUCCUGGGCUUGUUUGUCCUCGUUCAUCGAGAGUAGCCUGUCACCAAGGUCGUCCGGCUGAGGCGGACCUUCCUUCCGAGUAGACAGGGGGAUGUGAAGAGUGUCCAUUUCGCUGCUUCGUAAUCCGAGUUGGGUCUGGCACUGGGUUUCGUUUUCUACAACUGCUGCGUCACAGGACGGUUGAUCUCAGUAUUUUGAACAGUUUGUCACACUUCAGCAUUUUUGUACAUCAGUGAAUUUUUAUAUUAAAAGUUUUAAGCCAAA